AUGUGGUGGGCUUUGAUUACUAUAAGUACUAUCGGUUAUGGUGAUUCAGUUCCAAAAACUAGGUUGGGUAUGGUUGUUGGCUCUUUAUGUGCUUUAAUGGGUGUAUUAACUAUUGCAUUACCUGGCAAGUUUAAACCCUAA